AUAAAGGCAAGGGGCAAUCCAUCCUGCCCAGGCCCCAGCUCAGUGCUUCCCAGAUGCUAUAGCUCUCAAAUUGCCUCUCCUCGCUCACACUUGGGGGACAGGGCCGGGCCCUUUCCCUCUUAUUCUCUAGUUUAGCAGCGUUUGUCUCUUUUAGAAGGGAGCCACUGAGGUCUCCUAGCCCAGAGUCCCUGCUGACACCGAACUGGGCUGGUCCUGGCACCUCUGAAAGCGCUUUUCUGUUUUAAGUUCGCCCAGGACCCUGGCCUUUGGCCCGCCCACAUGGCUCGGUCCCGGCCGGUCUUGGCCCUAGGCUCCUGGUCUGUGGCUCCCAAGACUGAAAAAUGAUGCUACUGAGCAUCUCUCUGCACUUGGCCGAAGGCUUCUGGGUGCUCCUUCCUGCCUCGAGUGGGAGCACACGGAUAAUUAGGAGACUGUGAAGCCGUGGGCAGGCAAGAGGGAAAGAACCCGACUCUGCCCCAGUUCUUUGGAGACCCAGGGGGUGAGAGGCUGGGUGAAGGGGCAUUUGGUCUCAUCAGCUCCACCCAAAAUGGCCUAUUUUUUCUCCACGCCCAGUCUCACCCGCAGGCGGCAAGUUGCAGACACUGUUUCUCUUUCUUCCUCCCUCUCCCCCCUCACCCUUUUUUAUUUUUUAUUUUUAAAGAAAAUAGCCUGCCUGGCAGAAGGGGCCCAGCUGCCGAGGUCUCUGGCCGCCCAGCGUGCUCAGCAAGGAGCCGCCGGUCCUUGAAACCCCUUCCAUAAGAAGGUGGUAGGCGGAUGAGCAAAUUCUCAAAUUGUCAGCCACCAGCAAGAGGCCUCUGGUGGGGCCUCGGAAUGCAAGAGCUGGCUUCUGUCGAGAAAGCAAAGGGGUUUUAUUUAACCCCAAACCCUCAGACACACAAAUCUAAAGCUACCCAGGCUAUGGCCACAGCAAUCUUUUCAGUAAGCACGCUGCUUCGCUUUUUCUGUUACUCUCCUGGGGUCCCUUUUUCCUGCUCUGCAGUUCUCAAGCCUGGGAUAAGGAAGAACUGAGGCCAGGAAGAGAAUUCCAAACUUCCCAGGGCCCCAGAAAGAGUGAAGGCUUUCCUGCUUCAUCAAGCUUCCAGCCUGGCCCCUAUGGCUUGGCGGUGGUUGUGACCCAUCACUACAGCCACCCCAGGAAGUAGGCCUAGCUGAGCUAGCAAGGAAAACUCGUAAUAAUUGUUUUGCACACACAACUUCCAACCACCCUCCCCCGCCAUUUCCGCCCCCAACUUGGAGACUUGCAAAGCCCGAGUAAGGGGCAAAGCAACUCAAAUCUUUGUUUGCUCCACAGUUAAAAUACUACUACUAAUGAUAAAGAGAGAGAGACUAACCCUACUCCAAGAAUGUGGCUAAAAGGCUCAAACCCGUUCAGUUAAGGACGCCACCCUGAGGGUGAGCCCCAGCCCGGUUUCUUCCUUGCUCUCCCGGUUGUAGGGAGCCUGCCGGGAGGCAGCCACCGCCGCCAUGGCGGUCUGCGGUCCGUGCUCCCGUCGAUCGCCGGGAGGUGGCGCGCUCUGCUCAGAGGCCAACGCCAACCUUCUCCUGGUUCCUCCCCCUUCUCGGGUUUUUUUUCCCCCCCUCUCUCGGAGGUUCGCAUUGAAUCGGCCCUAACGAUUCUCGGAUCGUCAUUAUUUGUAACCAUAGAGCAUGAAUUACCUCUUGAGGUCAUCAGCGAGAAUUUACGACUGGUCAACAAAAGCACGUGAUUCCCUAACGCCCCCCCAUCCCCCUUCCAAGCCCCCCCCAUAUUUGGCCGCAUACAUAGCAAAACGAAGUACAGUGCAUCGCUAUAAUUCAUUAAUACAUCAUAAAUCGUGAAGCACAGGGUUAUAACGACCACGAUCCACAAAUCAAGCCCUCCAAAAUCACCCAAAUGAGCUCGUACUUUGUAAACUCCUUCUCGGGGCGUUAUCCAAAUGGCCCGGACUAUCAGUUGCUAAAUUAUGGCAGUGGCAGCUCUCUGAGCGGCUCUUACAGGGAUCCCGCUGCCAUGCACACCGGCUCUUACGGCUACAAUUACAAUGGGAUGGACCUCAGCGUCAACCGCUCCUCGGCCUCCUCCAGCCACUUUGGGGCGGUGGGCGAGAGCUCGCGCGCCUUCCCUGCGCCCGCCCAGGAGCCCCGCUUCAGGCAGGCGGCAUCGAGCUGCUCUCUGUCCUCGCCCGAGUCCCUGCCCUGCACCAACGGCGACAGCCACGGCGCCAAGCCCUCUGCUUCGUCCCCCUCCGACCAGGCGACCCCAGCCAGUUCCAGCGCCAAUUUCACCGAAAUAGACGAGGCCAGCGCGUCCUCGGAGCCUGAGGAAGCGACGAGCCAGCUAAGCAGUCCGAGCUUAGCUCGGGCGCAGCCAGAGCCCAUGGCCACCUCCACAGCCGCGCCCGAGGGGCAGACUCCGCAGAUAUUCCCCUGGAUGAGGAAGCUCCACAUCAGCCAUGAUAUGACCGGGCCUGAUGGGAAAAGGGCCCGGACCGCGUACACCCGCUACCAGACUCUGGAGCUGGAGAAGGAAUUCCACUUCAACCGCUACCUGACCCGGCGGCGGCGCAUCGAGAUCGCCCAUGCGCUCUGCCUGUCCGAGCGCCAGAUCAAGAUCUGGUUCCAGAACAGGCGUAUGAAGUGGAAGAAAGACAACAAACUGAAAAGUAUGAGCCUGGCUACAGCCGGUAGCGCCUUCCAGCCCUGAGCCCGCCCAAAGGAGCCCUGGGCAGCCCAAGAGCCCGCGCCACCCCCCAGCCCCAGCCCCUCCAAUCGUCCCUGCUCGGCCGCUGUUCGCUGGGGACCGGUUCCCAUGAGCCUGCCUCGCCCCAGCCUCGUGUUAAGAUAUUUCGUUUGGUCUUAGGUCUUCCUGUGGCUCCCUCUCUCCUGGACUGAUUAUCUUGUUAUUAUUGUUAAUAAUAAUAAUUCUUAUUAUUUUCCCCUUCAUGCUCCCCAUUCCCCUCUGCUCACCCCAAAUUCGCCAGUGUUUCUGAAUGUUUGUGUCUGUGGUUGCACUGUUUUCCCCAGGAUAAAAAAAAAAAAAGAAAUUCGCAUGUUUAAUGUGAACUUUCCCCCUCCCCUUCUGUGUUCUAACUUAUUUAUAAAAAGUAUGAUCGCUGUAAUUUGAGUUUCAGCUGGAAACUUCUCUAAGGGGCAGCAGCUGAGGUGGGGUAGUGUGGUAAUGGUAACGGGCCCAGCUGAGCUGGCCUCUGAGAUGGAGCCCACUACUGUAUCUCUUUUCACCUUUCCACUUGCGCCUUCCUCCUCACUUCUUGGGCCCAAACCUCCCAGUGGCUUGUUCUUGGAGUGGGUCCUGGGGCCAGGGAGAUUCAAAGAGGUGAUGUUGAAAAGACAGAAGGCAAAUGGUGAGAUUUAAGCUCCUGCUGCCUGGUAGGCCCCACAAGGCCUGGUCUUGGGAGUGUACGGAAACAAAUAAUCCUCAGUGUAAAAUGUCUCGUGUUUAUCUCUGUGAAUCUGUGGGUCUGCCUAGAGGACCCAAAGCUUGUAAAUAUGGGAACAAGUCUGGGUCAGACCCAUCGCCUCUUCCCUACCAUUUUCCCAAGACCAUUUGUAGUGAGUGAGUGGAUGCUGUGCUAUGUGUGAAAUCUGUCUUUGCCAGGCCUGUCUCCGUGAUUCGCUUUUGGUAUUUGUUUGUAGCUUUCCUUGAAGUCAAAUAAAUGUUUCCCCCAUUCCACUGCCCUUCCACUUGUCUUUUCUCUGGGGUCUGCCUCUUCUCAUCACUGGGCAUACCCUAGAUCAGUCUCCAGAAACCUAGAGGAGAGGCAAGGAACAGUUGGAUGCUGAUAGCAGCCCCUCUCAAACCACCUAAGUCCCAGGCUUGGCCAUUGGUGCUUGGGCCAGGGAAUGGGCCUUCAUGAAAGGGUGCCUGAGAGGUCCAGAAAUCUCAUGUGGGAUUGAGCUGUCCUUCCUGGCCUUCUACCAGCUGGCCAGAAAACAAAUAAGCAAAUAAACAAAAAACCAUUAGAAAACUUUCCAGGGAAAAGAAUUUGGGCCUAUGUCUUGACCAGGAGACUCCUGGCCUUUUGGGAGUGGCAGAGGCCUGCAGAGCUGUCCUGUUCCUUACUCUAAAUCCAAAUAUAACUCUGCCACUCACUAAGGCAAAAAAAAAAAAUCAGUGUAAUUUUAAAGGUUUUCUCUCAGCCUCAACAUUCUCUUCACUUUUCAAUGGCUCCUUCUCUCCUGGGAGCCACCUGACCUUCCCUCUUGGUUAGGAGUUACAGUCCCUCUUGAAAGACCUCUGGUUCCCCUUCCAGCCUGGCCCCAGGCCAGGGCCCAGUCCUCCUCCACACAAGUCAGCCUCCACCCUGUGUGCAAUAGUCAAGUCUGGACACUUACCCGGUCAAUCCCUUCCAGCUGGACCCAACUUCUUACAGGACCUGGGGGGAGGGAGGGGGGAGCUGAUGAGGAGGCACGGAGGGUCUAGGAGGCUCUACUAGGCCCUCCUUCCCCUUCACCCCUUGACUUUGUUCCCCCUUUGCCGAUAGCAAACUAUCCCAAAAGUCGCUAUGACAUUUAGAUGUCAAAUGGAUAGGGGUUUUAUCUCGAAGUUAGAUCGUAAAAAUCACCGAGAAGUCAGACAGAUACCCCUCACUGGCUCGAGAAAGUCACGUGAGGUCCAUAAAGUUAGUUUUAUGGUUUUGGGGAGUUGACACUGCGCGGUAUAUUUCACAUUCUCCAGAAUGUUAAGUGACACUUUAACUGCUCGCUGUGGUGGGGAAGGGGGCAGAGGUAGGUGAGCGCUCUUCCCAGCUUAGAACAGCCGGACCAACCCAGAAGGCAGUGGCGGCAGCUCUGGCCCAGCACGCCAGCAGUAAGUGGCUUCUAGCUUUCGCUUUCUCCCUUGGCAGUUUUGGGGUUUGGGACUAAGGGUAGGAAUCUUGCUUCCAGCCAGGGCUGUGGAGUGGUGCAGGGCAAAUUAGCUAGUUUUUAUACCCAGUUCUGAGAAAUGGGAUGCCAGUUCUAUAAGGUUUCAAUGGUCAGGAGGUACCUGGUUUAUAUUUACUGGCAUAUGUAUUGUACUCUGUGAAGAUGAAAGGUUGGGUGAGAUCCAUAGUCCUUCAGUGCCUUGGAAAUUUAGGGAGCAAGAAGAAUGGGUGUGUACUGUUGGAAGAGGGGCCUGCUGUGUGUGUAUGGGGGGUGCAUUUCACAACUGGUGAUCUUCAGACAAAUGUUUCCCCGUGUGUAUGUGGGGGGGGGGACUUUAUGACAUUUAUUUGUUAAGAAUACAUCAUCGCUGGCUACUUUUAUCUGGGUACACCUAAGCUGACAAAAAGAGCAAGGGAAAGAAAGAAAAAGGAAAGGCAGCUGCCGCUGACCACUUUGCCCUGGGGGCACUUUCUGGCUUUUGGUUCUUCGAAUCCCUUGGAAGGCAGUUCCUUCCUUCUCUGAUCCAGAAUGGGGAAGGCAGCUUUUUUUGGUAUCCAUCUUUGGCCUUCGAUCACAAGUAAUCACUUUUACUAGGUUCUUUGGAGGAUUCUGAGAUCAAAAUAGAUAGCAGAUGGAGGAGGUAAUUUCCAAUUCCAAACCUAAUUCCUGGCCAAGAGAGAGGGGGGAGAGGUGCAUCUCCUCUGGCCUGGUUGAGUUGGGUGGUUAACCAGACCCAGGCAAAGUCCUCCACAAAGAAAACCUAUCCAGGGACAAGGACUCAGAUGUGGGAAGGCAUC